AUGUAGGAGUUAACAGAACUUAAGAAUUUAGUUAUACAAUCUCUAGAAGCAAAUGGUUCAUUGGCAAAGAUUAGAGCACAAAUAAGAGCAUCAGUCUUUAAUGUGGUUGAUUAGUAAGAAACCAAUAACAAAAAGCCAUCACCAUUUUUCUGGGAAAAUAAUAAGGCUUAAACUAUAUAUGAAUUGGCUUGUGGUAGAGAUAUGUUAGAGUUGAUUAAAGAGUUUUUCUUAUUUUUUGAGAUGCAUUAUACAAAUUCAAUAUUUUCAAGGUAAUUUUUUAACUUUAUAUUUCUAAGUGAAAGUAAUUUAAGAGAUGAAAUAAAUCGAGAAUAAAUAGCUAAAAAAUUAAAUAUAGAAGUUAACGAUGCUACUAAACCUUUGUUAUAUUUCUUAUUGAAAAAUCGUCAUUCAGAGAAAUAAUCGUAUAAUAUAAAUAAAGAUAAUUUAGUGAAGAAAAAGUUCCUUAAAAAAUAGCUUAACCAUUUUCUAAGGAAGUUUAAAUGUAAUAAUAAUAAUAAUAAUAAAAAUAAUAACAAGAAUAAAAAUUAUAAGAGCAAAAAAAAUAAGAUGAAUUGAAAAAGCAAGAAGAACUAAAAAGGUAAGAAGAAUAAAGAAAAUUAUAAUAAUUAGAAGAAUAAAGAAAAAAUGAUGAAUUAAAAAAAUAAUAAUAAGAAGAAUAGAAGAGAUUGGAAGAAUAAAAGAAAGAAUAGUAACGAAAAUAAUAAGAAGAAUAGAGAAAAUAAUAAGAGGAAUUAAAAAAGUAAUAAGAACAAUAAAAAUAAGAAUAAUAACGUUUAGAAUAAUAGAAGUUAGAAUAAUAAAAGAAAGAAUAAGAAAAAUUAAAAGAAUAGUAAAAAUAAUAAGAAUUAUUAAAAUAAUAAUAAGAAAAAGAAAGAUUAGAGGCAGCUUAGAAAAAGAAUUAGCCAAAAAAAAUUGAUAAUAGAAACUUUGAAGAUGAAAAGUAUGAUAAUGAAGAUUUUGAAGAAGAAAUAGAAGGAGAAGUAUAUAAAUAAUAUAAAAUUAGGAUUUGAGAGAUUCAUAAUUAUAAUAAGAUUAGUUUUAAGAAUCUGAUGAAUAUAUGUAAUAAUCUUAAUCGUAAGGAAUUGAUAUGACAGUUGAUUCAGCAGCUUUAGAAGAAUUUGAUUAUUUUGAAGAAAUAGAAGAGAUGGAUUGA